GCAACGUGCAAGUCACGUGCACCAUCAGGUGCGUAACCGGAAGCUUCUGGCUUAAUAGCUACGAGCUACCGACCCUCUCUUCCGUCUUUGAUUUUUCAAUUUUCGUUUCUUGACAGAGAGAGAGAGAGUUGAGUCGACAAUGUCUUCUCCUGCAGAAUUCUACAAUUCACUUCCGCCAGUAAGCAAGGCUUAUGGGACUCUCUGUUUGUUGACUACGACAGCAUAUCACUUGGGAUUACUUGAUCCUACUAGCAUUGCGUUGGUAUAUCAAUUAGUAAUUUCACGUUUUCAGGUGUGGAGGCUGAUUGGAAACUUCUUUUUCCUUGGUAAAUUUUCUAUUAAUUUUGGAAUUCGUCUCCUGAUGAUAGCGAGAUAUGGAGUUCAGCUAGAGAAUGGGCCAUUUGAAAGGCGUACGGCCGAUUUUUUGUGGAUGGUUAUAUUUGGAGCCUUCUCAUUACUGGCGCUGUCUGCGAUUCCAAUAUUCUGGUCUCCUUUCCUUGGAAUUUCACUGGUGUUCAUGCUUCUCUAUGUUUGGAGUAGAGAGUUCCCGAAUGCACAAAUCAACAUAUAUGGCCUUGUCACCCUAAAGGCAUUUUAUCUACCUUGGGCAAUGCUUGCAUUGGAUGUUAUAUUUGGUUCACCCCUCACACCAGACCUGUUGGGAAUCAUAGCAGGGCAUCUGUAUUACUUCUUGACAGUAUUGCAUCCCCUUGCUGGUGGAAGAAAUAUACUGAAGACUCCAGUUUGGGUGCAGAAGCUUGUGGCUAGGUGGGGUGUGGGUGGAGCUCAGGCCAAUGCCACUGUCCAGCCCAAUAGGAGUACGGGUGCGGCUUUCAGAGGGAGGGGCUAUAGGCUCAAUGGAUAAUGAUUUCAUGAAGGAAGAAAAAAGCACAGAAAAAACAAGGACAACUCUCUCUUCCCUUCACUCAAUGGGGUCUGUAAUCAGCUGCCCAUCAGUCUCAAAUUUCUUUGCCUUUUAUCCUGCUAAUGGUGUUGGGUCUUUUAUAUGACAAGCUUUCGAAAAGGAGAUCCUUAUUUUCUUUUUCUUGUGUUGAAAUCUUUGACUGAUGGUGAGAAUUUUGAACCUUUUUUCCCCUUGGGAUUAGAAGAGAUGAUGCAUUUUUGUAAAGACCCAUGUGAGAGUUUAAUCUCUCUCUCUCUC